AACUUAGGAUGUUCUGUUCUUCUUUCCCUUAAUUCAAUUCUCAUCCAAUUCCUGAGAUAAAGAAGAUGCAGAAGGGUAGAGAAGUGCGAGAUAAUAUUCAUGAACCAAGAGGAUUUGGAGAUUUUGGUGGCUUUGGGUUUCAUUCACGUAUGAUGCCAAGUCUUUUUGGUGGUAGGGAUCCAUUUGAUGAUCCUUUUUUCACCGACCCAUUGGAUAGAUUAUUUAGUCCAAGUUCUGGAUCAAGAGCAAUGCAGAAGACAAACAAAGAUAAAGGAAUAGUGAUAGAAGAAUUAGACCCUGAUGAUGAGGGGAUUGGUAGUAAUUGCCCUGAACCUGGAGAGGAUUUUGAUCUGAAAUAUUCUAAACCAACCAAGGAACCAUCCGUUGAGCAUCCAGAUGAUUAUGAUGAUAAUGAGAGGAGGAACAGUGAUGCAACUUACAAGAAUGACCAUUACAUGGCAGAACCCCCAAAGGCUCGUAAUUUUACUUUUAAGACUAGCAGAGUAUCAUAUGGUGGUAUAGAUGGUGCAUACUAUACUUCUUCCAGAACCAGAAGGACAGGGUCUGAUGGGGUGGUAAUGGAGGAAAGCAAAGAAGCUGACUCAACAACAGGCCAGGCAUCACAUAGGAUCAGCAGGGGAAUCCAUGACAAGGGUCAUUCAGUUUUGAGGAAGCUUGACUCAGAUGGUAAGGUUGAUACCACGCAGACACUGCACAAUCUUAAUGAAGAUGAGCUUAUAGGCUUUGAAGAGGCAUGGAAAGGAAAUAAUAAUAUAGGACAGUUGCCCGGAUUUAAUGUGCAUGGGAACAAGGAUUCUAGCUGUGGCAAGCAGAACAGAAACCAGGUUUGGCCACUUCAAUCAUUGGAGAAGGCUAGAAGAGCCAGAGGAUUUGCAUCAAAUAAUGAGACAGGAACCAAUUCAGGGGGAAGAACAAAGAAAGUGGUUCGAAUCAAUAUUGAUUGAGUAAUAGGAUUUGGUAGUUGAUUGCUACCCAUUUUGUUUGUAAUUGCGGAAUGAGGUGUGCUCCGGUGUCUAAGUUAGCAUUAGAAAAGCAUGAGCCUGUGCAAGCUCAUGGUGCACAAUUGAGAGGGUUAUGAUUUGUUUGGUGAUAAAGCUUCUCAUGUACAAUAAUUAAUUGGAACCAUUUUAAAUCUUGAAAUUUCAUACUUCUGUUUGAAUGUAUGCUAAAGCAGCUAUUUUCGUGUCAUCGUG